CGCCCCAAAUCUCCAAACGCUUGGCGCUCGCUUCGCCUUCGUGCGCCUAUUCCCCUCCCCAUCGCCGCCGGCGAUCGCCGGGAUCCUCCGCUGAGCGUAGGAGAUCUCUCUACGCCACCUUGCCGCUUCUCCUGCGCUUUCCUUCGCCUCUGGCUCACUUUUUUCGCGCUCUUCUAGUCGCGGAAUUUGGCAUGUGACAAGUGUGAUUGCGCAGGGGAAGGAGGCGCCCGCCUGCGAACAGUCCUGCCGGCGGAGACGCCUGUGGCGCCAGAGGGCCGCCGAUUGACACCGAGAUAUCCUCAACGCCCCCUGAUUUUUCCGGCAUUUUUUGAGGGCUCGGCGUCCUCCAGGAAUUCGGCUAUUGCAGGAGAGGACGUAAUGGUGGGGAGAUCAAACUUGCAUUCGGGGCACACAUUUUAGGAUUUCAUUAAAUGUGCCGCAAUGUGAAAAGCUGGAUGGGGAAGGUCAAUGUAACAUCAGUUCAAUUCUAGUUUUUUUUUUUUUACAGUUUUGGUUUAACUCUCAGGAGUGUGAAAAGAUUGAGGCCCCGCAUGCAAAUGGAACUUAUGCAAAACUGGCUGAUAAGUUGGCCAGGUGACAGGGUGUUGAGUUAACAGUACUAUAUUCACAAUGUUCAUGGAGAUACUUAGAGAGCUUGGAGUUUGAAUUGUCAGCGUAGGUUGCUAUUACAAAAUGGUCUGCAUGGCUGGACAUUUUAAAAUGGCUUCUGUGCUGAAGCUAAUGAUGGAAAAUCAUGCCACACCUGAUGAGGUGAUUAAUGAGAAGAGUGCUUCACAUAUCCUACACAAGCAACUUCUUAGCGCACACGAACCAAAUUUGCUUGAUGAAGAUGAUAUGCAUAUAUUCGGAUCAAAACCUAUGGCUGAUCCAUUGGACCUGGUCCGCUGUGAUACAUGCCAGAAGCCUGUUAAGGCCAGCCAUUAUGCACCUCAUGCAGAGCGAUGUAGCUCAGGGAAGGUGAACCCAAACGAUUCGAUGGGUGUAGAAGACGAUGUUCAUCCUAUGAAGCCUCCAAAGAAGGGCAGGAAAAUAAAGCUGACAAGCAAUGGAAAUCAAAAGGUACAUAUAAAAGUGAAAUUAAAGUCUCAGCCUGAAAAUAAGAACAUAGUCAAUGACUUUGAGUUGACCAAUGGAAAUGAGAGCAAACAUUUAAAUUCUAUUGCUGAUCAAAGGUUCAAAACACCUGCCAUCAAUGCUCCUGAAAGUCGUUUUAGAGAUGUGCCAGCUCCUCUUGCUACAAAAAUGUAUCAUUCACGGGGAAACUACCAGCUUCGAUUGGAGCUUGCUCAGCUUUACCGUGAAUCAUGCGCGGAGCAGUCACACAGCUAUGCAAGUAAUACAACUCCAAACUCGUCACAGAAUAAUGGGUUGGUACCAUGUGAUAAUUCAACAUUACAUGGUUCUGAUGAUUCGGUAUUACAUGGUUCUGAUAAUUCAGUAUUACAUGCUUCUCGGAACAGCAGCAUUCCUCAAAAAAAGCUUCUAGAUCAGCUGCCUGCAAGCACAUCAGGGUUGUGCUCAGGAAUCUCUCCACAAUUAUCAUCAAGCGGGCCAAGUCGUCUGCAGGCAACAAAAGCUCAGAGAGCAGACACUCCAGUAUCUGCAGUUAGAAAUGAAUUGGGAAGAAGCAGGUGCAACAAAGCGGCAGUUCCUUCAAAAACCACAGGCAAAAAGAAGACGCAGAAGCAAUCUAACGCUCUACCUGCAAGCUAAGCCUCAGUAGAGUAGCCCAUUGAUUGGUUGUUCGUUGGUAUAGCCGCUUCAUUGGUGAAAGUAAUAGAGUAUCUCAUUUUGUUCAUUUAAUGUAAAAUUUGUUCUAGUCGGAAUGACUUUGGGACCGGACGAUCUGAAUAUAAGGUCAUUUUGGCUCGUUGACUCUUGGUAGAAGCUAACCACAACUCGUUCCGGCCCUGGUGAUGUAACUAAGUGUGGAUAAAGUAUCCGUGAAGUCCUUAUGUUUAUGUGCCCCCCUUGUUAUAAAUGACAUGAUGAAUGUUCUCCAAACCAGCAGUAGCAUAGGUUUUAUUUAUUUAUUAGAAUAUCAUUGGUUGCUUUCAUGUUUUUUGAAGGUAAAGCCUCAUGGCACUUUUAUUUAA